AUGGCGUCAAUCUCUAAAACAGUCGUGGCUACGGGCGUGUCUUCUGGAAUUGGCCUGGAAGCUAUCAAGCAGCUCCUCGACACAAGUCAACCAUACAAAGUCAUUCUUGGCGCGCGCAACACCCAAAGAGCACAAAAGUCAUACGACGAGCUUAACUAUGACCACUCUGUCAGCGGCGUUACUAUUCUCCCGCUCGAAUUGAACGAUCUCAAGGGUGUCAAGUCGUUCGCUGACCAGACCCUUGAGAAGCUUGGCCAGGGAAAGAUUGAUUACUUACUGCUUAAUGCAGGACUCGGCGGUACCAGCGCCGAUGGACCGGGACCUCACGGAUCAAAGUGGUGCGAGCCGCAUGUUGUGAACCACCUCUCGCAGUUUUACCUUGUGCAUCUCUUGAGGGAGAAGUUAGUCGAGUCCAAGUCUAGGAUUGUCUUUGUAUCUUCUGGUGCUGUGCGCAGGGUUCCGGAUCCUAGCAAGCUUGACGAAGAGGUCAAGGCAGACUCUGGAGCGGAUGCCCUUACGACGUACUCCAAUACAAAGUUCACUGGUCUUCUCGGUGCGCAUUGGUGGCGUCGUCAGCUAGCCGGUACCAACGACGUUGUCGCCGUGUCGCCUGGCCUGAUUCCCGGCACGGGUCUUGCGAAGCAGAUGGGUAUUCAGAGUAGCAUGCCUGAUGCCAAGUCUAUUCCUGAAGGUGCUUCGAGCGUGCUUGCUGCUCUCACCCGAAGUGAUUUCCCUGAGGAUCCCGAUCGCAUUUUCUUGACCAGUUGGGGUGAGUGGUGGGAGAAGGCCAUAAUUGAAAAGACUACGGAUAAGGCGCUGCAGGAUAGGUGGUGUCCCAGUAAGGAGGAGAUUGAGAGGGAAGCUGGGAUUUCCUCUUAA